AUGAAGCAAUUAAUAGCUUUUUACUUAUUAUUUAUGUUAUGUAAUGGUAUUUCUCAAAGAAAAACUGAAAUUAUUUCUACCCCAUCCGGAAGAAUUGAUGGUAUUUAUAAUCGAUAUGCUCAGCUAUUUUUGGGUAUACCGUACGCUCAACCUCCAUUAAACAAAUUAAGAUUUCAAUUGGGGGAUUGGGGAUUAUUCCAUAAAGUUUUAAUACAAUCACCAACAAUUGGUGUACGAUUUAGAACUAAAGAUAAUGCACAACAAUUUAACAACCGCUUCUCAGAAUUAUUAAAUUGUCGUUCAUCUUCGGAUGAAUUACAAUGUUUACAAGCGAAGACUUGGCAAGAAAUAUGUCAGGCACAAACAACAACAGCUGAUCUAAUAGAGUUAAAUGCGUUUUCUAUACAAAAAUUUCGACCAUGGGAACCGGCUCUAGGUUUAAGUCGGUUUCGAUUAAUUUAUAAUUCAACCCAAAUAUUUCAAGAAGUUAUUCAUUAA